AUGGAUGGGGAGGAUACCCCGGAUUUGUCGCUAUGGACUGCGAAACCACCUCCGAAGCCCGCCACAGCCCCUGUUGAGGGUGACAGUAGCCCUCAGGCGGGCUCAGUGGUCGCACGAUCGAAGAGAGGGUCGAGCGCCGCAACAUCAGAAGCAUCGAGCAAUGCGGGGGACGUCAACUACGACGCUCAAAGGCCACCAUUCACCGAAGAUCAAGUCCCCGAAAUGCAGCGCGAGAGCACAGCCCGGAAGAUGAUGUUAUCGAGGUCCAUGACCGAGGAGGAAAAAGCAGGCUACAGCUUCGCGCCAGGGCAUAUGCGCGUCCGCGAGGUCCUCGCAGAGACCAACAGAGGCAUUUUCAGGACUCGACUGGGCAGCGGCGACAUCGAAGAGUUGACACUUAAGCAGCUCAAUCAACGAAACCACGCACAGUCUGCUUUGAGAUUCUUUCGCCUCAAAUCACUUCGCAUGGAAGGGCGCGGACGACGAAGCGCUGGUGCGCAAAAGCCUACGGCCAGCGGCUUCGUCAAUUGGGACGAUGUCGCUAAAGGUUCCGAUGAUGAAUCAGAUGGCGCCGUUGUCGGUUUUCGGAAGCGAAAGCAGCAGCUGGCUGAGGAUUCUGACGUCGAAAUGAACGGCAACACUGACCAAGACUCCGACAAUGAAGACGAUGGUGACUCUGAAAGCGACUCGGACCAAGACGAAGGACCUGCCGGUCGCCGCUCAUCUCGUCUCAAGGGCAAUCGUAAAUCAUACACACUGGAGACUGACCUGGAUCUCAUCACUAGAUCGCCACCUCGGUUACGCGGCAGAACUUCUACAAGACCGACGCGAGGUCGUGGAGGGCGUCGUACAAAUAGCCGGCGCGCAAGAUCACUCUCAUCGUCGCCCGAGCCAGCACAAGGCACUCGUCGCUCGGGACGAACUCGAACCAAGCCAGUAGGCUCGAUGCGCGAGCGUCAGGAAGAUGAAAUAUCAGAGCACUCCGGCAACGAUGCUGGCAUGAAAGUCGUUGGCACCAAGGAAGUCUUCCGCCGAGUCGACGAGCACGACGACUUUCGCAAACGUCAUCGUGAAGAAUGCGAUACUUGCGACCGAAGAGGCGAUGAUCCGACCAAAGGACCGCUCGUCUUCUGUCAAGGCUGCACGACCGCCUACCACAAGACCUGCUUGGGCUAUCGCGGAACUCGAGAACAUAUGGUUACCAAGAUUGGCGAGGAGAACUUCGUGCUCCAGUGUCGUCGUUGUAUUGGGAUCGCUCGCGAUAAAGACCCUCUGGCUCCACACCUUGGUCAGUGCGAGACCUGCAACGAGAUGGGCGUCAACUCUACUCCGUUCCGAAUUCGCUUAACUGUCAAGCAAGAGCAGGCACAACGUGAAGAAAAUGGCGGCAAAGAUCCCAUCACCAUCGUUGAAGAUCAUCACAUCAACAAGCCCGAGAAUGUCCUCUUCCGCUGCUUCUCUUGUCAGCGUGGAUGGCAUGUCCACCACCUGCCGAAUCGCCAGACAGUCACCUCCACUGCCGAAGAUGACGAGGAGGACAAGGAGCUGUCCGACGAGGAGCGCGCCGAGAAGCGGUGGCAGCUUUACCAUCGAGGCUGGCGCUGCAAAGACUGCAUAGAGAACAAGUAUGCCAUUGACGCACUCGUCGCUUGGCGUCCAGUCAACAUAGACACUUACAUCCCUGGCUAUCACGCAGACAUGGUACAAGAUUCCCAGAAGGAGUAUCUUGUGAAAUGGAAGAACAAGUCGUAUCUCAGAUGCAACUGGAUGCCAGGCAGUUGGGUGUGGGGCACCGCGGCAGGCAAUAUGCGCAUGUCGUUCAUGAAGAAGCCAGAGAACUACAUCCCUCGCAUGACGACGAAAGACGCCAUUCCUGAAGAGUUCUUCAGGAUCGACAUCGUGUUCGCCGUCCGCUACACGAGUGUGGUCCGCAACACCUCAAAAGAAGUCGACUUCGCCCGCGUUCGCGAGGUUGAGAGUGCUUUCGUCAAGUACAAAGGACUCGGCUAUGAAGACGCCAUCUGGGAAUCGCCACCAAGCUUUCGAGACACCGAGCGUUGGAAUGACUUCAACAGCGCCUACAACGACUACGUACUGAAACUACACACUUCGAUCCCAAUCCGUACCACACUGAACAGAACCUUGACUGCACUUCGACAGCUAGACUUCGAGAAGUCGUUGAUGCGCAAGGAGCAACCUUCGAGCAUCACAGGAGGUUCCAUGAUGCAGUAUCAGCUUGAGGGCCUUAACUGGCUCUAUUUCCAGUGGUUUCAAAAUCAGAACGCCAUCCUUGCUGAUGAGAUGGGAUUGGGGAAGACCAUCCAGCUCGUGGCAUUCUUUGCUCUGCUGGUCCAGGAGCACAAGUGUUGGCCGUUUCUGGUCGUUGUCCCAAACUCGACAGUUCCAAAUUGGCGUCGAGAGAUCAAGACAUGGGUACCAUCUCUACGAGUAGUGACCUACUAUGGCAGUGCUCAGGCUCGCAAGAUCACGCAUGACUACGAGCUCUUUCCAGAGGAGUUCACGAAGAAGAAAUCACGAUCAGGCGAUCCUCAGGAUAUCAAGGCUCAUGUUGUCAUUGCUUCAUACGAAUCCAUCAUCGAGGACAAGACGCGGAACAGCUUGAAGAAUGUGCCUUGGCAAGGAUUGGUGGUUGAUGAAGGCCAGCGCCUCAAGAACGACAAGAACCAGGUCUACGACAUCCUUACAAAGACCUUCCGAUUCCCAUUCAAAGUCCUCUUGACAGGUACACCACUCCAGAACAACGUGCGAGAGCUUUUCAAUCUGCUUCAAUUCCUCGACCGGACCAUCAACGCAGCUGAGAUGGAGGCCAGAUACGCAACGCUCACCCAGGACAACGUGCCAGAGCUGCAUGAGAAGCUGCGCAAAUUCUUCCUUAGGCGCACGAAAGCACAAGUGUUGACGUUCCUGCCACCAAUGGCCCAGAUUAUCAUACCAGUCUCUAUGUCAGGCCUGCAGAAGAAGCUCUACAAAUCCAUACUGGCCAAGAAUCCACAGCUCAUGAAGUCUAUCUUCACUCGCGAUCCGACAGCGGCCACCAAAGAGCGAGUGUCUCUCAAUAAUAUCCUCAUGCAGCUCCGCAAGACGCUUUGCCAUCCUUUUGUGUACAGCCGCGAGAUCGAGGAGCGAAAUGUCGACUCUGGAGAGGCGCAAGUUCGGCUCAUCGAUGCCUCACCUAAGCUGCAGCUCCUGUCCCUCAUGCUGCCCAAGCUCAAGGAUCGUGGACAUCGCGUUCUCAUCUUCAGCCAGUUUCUCGACAACCUCGACAUCAUUGAGGACUUCCUGGAUGGUCUUGGUCUUAUGCACCGUCGCUUGGAUGGCAACACUGCUUCGCUCGAAAAGCAGAAGCGGAUCGACGAGUACAAUGCGCCAGAUUCACCAUACUUCGCAUUCCUCCUUUCGACACGAGCUGGAGGCGUCGGCAUCAAUCUGGCUACCGCUGAUACCGUUAUCAUCCUCGACCCAGACUUCAACCCUCACCAAGACAUCCAAGCCCUAUCUCGAGCUCACCGCAUUGGACAGAAGAACAAGGUGCUUGUGUUCCAGCUGAUGACGAAAGACAGCGCCGAAGAGAAGAUCAUGCAGAUCGGCAAGAAGAAGAUGGCUCUCGACCACGUCUUGAUCGAGAACAUGAAUCAAGACGACGAAGCUGGCAUGGAUCUGGAAUCAAUCUUGCGGCACGGUGCUGAAGCUUUGUUCGACGAAGACAGCAAAGCAGAUGAUAUCGUCUACGAUGCGCCUUCGAUUGACAAGCUGCUCGAUCGCAGCCAGGUUGAAGACACCAAGAUCAACGAUGAGCAGUCGGCCGAGUCGCAGUUCAGUUUCGCGAGAGUGUGGGCGAACAAGACAGGCGCUUUUGAGGAAGCACCGCUGAGUGAAGACACUAAUGGGACGAACACACCAAAUCCUGGUAUCUGGGACAAGAUCUUGAAGGAGCGAGAGCGUGCGUACGAGGAAGAAAUGGCACUUAAAGCACAGACUUUCGGCCGAGGCAAGCGCAGACGGCAGAUUGUCGACUAUGGUCAGGACGGCGUCGAUGGAGGCUCACCCGACAAGCGCAAGAAGGGCGACGUGGCCAGCGAUGGCGACUUUACUGGCAAGGACACAGAGCAAGACGAAGACGAUGCCACUGAAGAUGACUCGGAGGUCGACUUUAAGCGUCCCACCGUCAAAGCCCGACCCUUCAAGCGCGUCAAAGUCCCUACCGGCCAACCACCCUACAACCUCGACGGAACCACCGACUACAUGCCGCGCGACGGCAUCAUGCCCCCAUCCCAUCACUGCACGGCCUGCGACGAGCGCCACCCCAUGGGCUGGUGCCGUCUCAAAGUCGCUGGUGUCGAGCACUGUGGUCUGUGUGGCAUCGCGCAUCUGGGGCAUAGCAGGACGUGUCCGCACCUGACGGAUGAGAAGCAGUUGGUGAGGCUGCUGGAGACUUUGAAAGAGAGUCCGGAAAGUAGGGAGGAUGUGGAGGCUGCAACCAAGUAUCUGAGGAUGAUCAGGGGGGAUUUGGUGUCCAGGGCGCGGCGGAAGCGCGAGGAGGAACAGGUCGCGAGGAGCUUGGCUACUGUUAGCACGAAUCUUGGGACGAUUAGUACUGGGUUGGCUGGUGGUCAUCAGCAGGGUGUUGCGGCGAAUGGGUAUCAGCAUGGAGGUACGCCGGAAGGGAGAUGGGGAGCACGAUUUGUGGAAGGCGGGCGUUGA